AUGGGGGCCACAGGGAGCGGGGGCCGAGGACUACAGGCGGCGGCGGGUGGGGAGAUGGGGGGCCACAAGCAGCGGGGGCCGAGGACUACAGGCGGCGGCGGGUGGGGAGAUGGGGGGCCACAAGCAGCGGGGGCCAUCGGAGAAUGCAGGGGGCCGGGGACCGGAGGCGCAGGGGCCAAGGUGUCGGAAAAGACUUGCGGUGGCCGACAGGGGGUGCGGGGCCCAAGGUCCUCCAGGGCCGUGUGGUGGCAGGGGGCCCCACGAGGAGGCCAGGGAGCAGCGCUCUGGUGGCUCAGUGGUGUCUCCCCUAUAGCUAGGUGGCGGCGACCGGAGGUGAGCAGAGGCCGUGGUGCAGGGAGGUUUCUGGCGGGGGCCAGGGAGGAGGCCGGGUACUGGAGGCGCGGGGGCCGAGGUGCUGGAAAAGACCUGCGGUGGCCAGCAUGGGGUGCGGGGCCCGAUGUCCUGCAGGGCCGUGUGGUGGCAGGGGGCCCUGUGUACUGUGGGGUUGUGGUUUUCAGGCCUUUUGAGCAUGAUGGUGAGGGAGCAGCGCUCUGGUGGCUCGGCGGUGUCUCCCCUAUAGCUGGGCGACGACGAUCGGAGGUGAGCGGAGGCCGGGGUGCAGGGAGGUUUCUGGCGGGGGCCAGGGAGGAGGCCGGGGACUGUAGGCGACGGUGGGCCGGUCGAGUGGUAGCCGGGGAGCUGGGGGCCGCAGGGAACAGGGGCCGGGGGCUGCAGGCGGCGGUGGGCAGGGAGAUGGGGGGGGGGGGGGGGGCGGGGAUUGGAGGCGCAGGGGCCGAGUUGCUGGAAAAGACUUGCGGUGGCCGGCAUGGGGUGCGGGGCGCAAGGAAGCCAGGGAGCAGUGUUCUGGUGGCUCGACGAUGUCUCCCCGAUAGCUGGGCGGUGACGACCAGAGGUGAGCGGAGGCCGGGGUGCAGGGAGGUUUCUGACGGGGGCCAGGGAGGAGGCCGGGGACUGCAGGCGAUGGUGGGCCAGUCGAGCAGCGGCCGGGGAGUAGCGGGCGGGGAGAUGGGGGGCCGCAGGCGACGGGGACCGCUGGAGAAUGUAGGGGGCCGGGGACUGGAGGCUCAGAGGCCGAGGUGCUGGAAAAGACCUGCGGUGGCCGGCAUGGGGUGCGGGGCCCGAGGUCCUGCAGGGCCGUGUGGUGGCAGGGGGCCCUGUCCGGAGGUGAGUGGAGGCCGAGGUGCAAGGAGGUUUCCGAUGGGGGCCAGGGAGGAGGCUGGGGGUUGCAGGCGGCGGUGCGCCGGUCAAGCGGCGGGCGGGGAGCUGGGGGCUGCAGGGAGUGGGGGCCGGGGGCUGCAGGUGGCGGUGGGCAGGGAGAUGGGGGGUCGUCGAAGAAUGCAGGGGGCCGAGGACCGGAGGCGCGGGGGCCGAGGUGCCAGAAAAGACCUGCGAUGGCCAGCAGGGGGUGCGGGGCCUGAGGUCUUGCAGGGCCGUGUGGUGGCAGGGGGCCCCACAGUACCUUGCGGCCGUAUAGCCUAA